UGAAAUUCCCUUCGGCUGCUCCGCCCUCAUCACUCCUCUCCUCCGAACUCAUCAAUCAGAGAAGUUCCUCGCUCCCUGUUCUUCAUAGAAAUGAAACUUCAUUGAAAGGCAUCCCACUAUUAAUAAGAGUCACUUUGUGCCAUGCGUACUUUACGUCAUCCGACUGCUCUUCGUCAACUAUAUUAACGCUAUUUAACACAGAAAUAUUUUUACUAAACGUUGAGCUCUGUUUACAUAAAGUAGCAAAGACAGAAGAAAAAAAUGGAUGAGGAUAAUAAAACGAAGCAUAUUAAAAGACCGAAUGCUCAUCAGAGGCACGCAUACUUAGAAAAUUUAUUAAAAAAUACAGUUAUGACGGGACUCCCUCAAAUCGCUACGGAACAUAAUUUGAAAAGGAAAGUGUUCAAGAUAUUGGUCUUCUUUGCCUGUUUAUUUGGAUUCUUCUACCAGCUAACCGAAUUUCUAAUGUUAUAUUUUACUUAUCCAACAAGUUUGGAGGUAUUAGUAAAAAUUACAGGGAAAGAUUAUCUUCCAAAGCCUGUAAUCACUACGUGCGACGUAAAUGGAAUACGACGUACUGUCUUCUGUAAAGAUUUCCCUAAUCUCUGCGAAAAACCAAAAAAUGUCAGUCUGUUUUGUAUUAAAAACAGUCAAUUUUGUGAUAAAGAAAACUUCACCGAUGACGAUUUGAUGUUUCCACUUCCUCUUGUGUAUUUGGACAUCGAUUUCAAUCGUUCAAUUAUUGAAGAUUAUGGAACUAUGGCAGAAGAUAUUUUAUAUAUUUAUAAAAAUUUUACAAAACGUAUUUUUUAUGCGAACGAAUUAUGGAAAAUAAGAAGUUGUUAUUCGAUCGACUUAGAUCUUAUCGAUCCGAACAUAACUGAAAACAAUUUUCCUUUAUUAAAAAUGUACUCAAAUACGAAAACAGCCGGUGAUGUUGUUAUAACGUUUAAUUCGAAAGAAUUAUUUCGACCAACAGUUCCAAUUGGUGCUAAAGUAUCAGUUCACUCGAAGGAUGAGAUAAUAAAUCCUUUCAUCGAUGGUUUUCUUGUUAAGCCAGGAAAUCGUUACAUCGUCCAAUUGAAAGUGAUAGAAGAAAAUCUACUUACAAAUCCUUACAGUACAAAUUGUUCUUAUUACGAGCGAUCUAAAGAAAAAUCUUUUGAUGAAUUAUAUACACGUCAGCGCUGCAUACUCAAUUGUCAGAAGGAGAAAUGGUUGGAAAGUUGUGGGUGCAUCUCGGGAGAUUAUCCUUUCGAAACGGAUGGGACAUUUUGUUCAGAACGUAAUUAA